AUGCCGAAGAAAGUGGGGUUGAACAGUAAGGCAGAGGAGGCAAAGGCAAAGAAGGAGGAGACGAAGAAGGGGAAAGCUGUAGCUGAGGCAAAACAAAAGGAAGAUCAGGAAUGGAGGGACGCCGGCGAAGGGUCCAAGACUAAGGCCCAGGCAAAGAAGGACGAGCAGGAGAAGAAGCGGCAGGAGGCAGCUGCCAAGAAGGCAGAGGCGAAGAAACUGGCUGAGGAGGAAGAAGCCCAGCUAGCAACAAGCGCAAAGAAGACUCCCAGCAAGCAAACUGGGUCUAAGGUGACAUCGCAUCAGCUGAGGACGCAGAAGGAGAUUGAGAAACAGGCUGCAGCAGAACAGGCCAAGAAGAGGGAGGCAGAGGCCAAGCGAAUGGUGACAGAGGAUGACUACGCGCAAAGAGUGGAGGUGGAAAAUCCGAACCGGGAAGAAGAUGCGGUCGAAGCGCGCAGUGUGGAAGCUGCACUGUCAGCGCUGACUGUGGGAGAGGCAACGCCUGAGGACAGGCAUCCUGAGAGGCGAGCGCGCGCAGCAUUUGCAGCCUACUCAGAGAGGAUGAUUGCAGAACUGAAAGAGGAGAAGCCGGGCCUCAAGCAGAGCCAGUACAAGGACAUGGUCUGGAAGCUGUGGCAGAAGGCGCCAGAAAACCCCUUCCUCCGGCCGCCCACCACUUAG